GCUGGAGGUUUCUAGAAGGGGCUGGGUCUCUUCUCGUCUCGUCUCGCGGGUCCACGCGCAGCGAGCUCUGGGGCCGCGGCUGAGCUGAGCACUUCCCGAGCUCCUUCUCCUGCGCCGCCUCCUCCUGCUCCUCUCCCGCAGCCAUGUCGGCCGUGAAGGCGCUCAACCCUAAAGCCGAGGUGGCUCGGGCCCAAGCGGCGCUGGCCGUGAACAUCAGCGCGGCUCGGGGGCUGCAGGACGUGCUGAGGACCAACCUAGGGCCCAAGGGCACCAUGAAGAUGCUUGUUUCCGGUGCGGGAGACAUCAAGCUCACCAAGGAUGGCAACGUGCUGUUACACGAGAUGCAAAUUCAGCACCCAACAGCCUCCUUGAUAGCAAAAGUGGCUACAGCCCAGGAUGACAUUACUGGCGAUGGCACCACUUCAAAUGUUCUCAUCAUUGGAGAGCUGCUGAAGCAGGCGGAUCUCUACAUCUCUGAAGGUCUGCACCCUCGAAUCAUCACAGAAGGAUUUGAAGCUGCCAAGACGAAGGCCCUCGAAGUCUUGGAUCAGAUAAAAAUAAGCAAGGAAAUAGAUCGAGAAAUCCUCAUUGAUGUGGCCCGGACAUCCCUGCGCACCAAAGUUAAUGCCGACCUGGCUGACGUGCUGACGGAGGCGGUGGUAGACUCAGUGCUGGCUAUCAGGAAGCCAGGUGAACCUGUCGAUCUUUUCAUGGUAGAGAUAAUGGAGAUGAAGCAUAAGUCGGAAACUGACACAACGUUGAUCAGAGGACUGGUCUUGGAUCAUGGUGCCCGACAUCCUGAUAUGAAGAAAAGAAUAGAAGAUGCUUACAUUCUUACAUGCAACGUGUCAUUAGAAUAUGAAAAAACAGAAGUGAAUUCUGGAUUUUUUUACAAAAGUGCAGAAGAGAGAGAGAAACUAGUAAAAGCCGAAAGGAAAUUCAUUGAAGAUAGAGUAAAGAAAAUAGUGGAACUGAAAAGAAAAGUGUGUGGUGAUUCAGACAAAGGAUUUGUUGUUAUUAAUCAAAAGGGAAUUGACCCGUUUUCUUUAGAUGCUCUUGCAAAAGAAGGCAUAGUAGCUCUCCGCAGAGCAAAAAGAAGAAAUAUGGAGAGGUUGACUCUUGCAUGUGGUGGGAUGGCCAUGAAUUCUCUAGAUGACCUAAGUGCUGAUUGUUUGGGACAUGCAGGACUUGUCUAUGAAUACACACUGGGAGAAGAGAAAUUCACCUUUAUUGAAAAAUGUGGCAAUCCUCGAUCUGUCACACUGUUGAUCAAAGGACCAAAUAAGCAUACAAUUACGCAGAUCAAGGAUGCAGUAAGAGACGGUCUGAGAGCUGUCAAGAACGCCAUUGAAGAUGGCUGUGUGGUUCCCGGUGCUGGCGCAGUGGAGGUAGCUAUAGCUGAAGCUCUUAUCCAACAUAAGCCCAAUGUCAAGGGAAGGGCCCGUCUUGGAGUGCAAGCUUUUGCUGAUGCAUUGCUCAUUAUUCCCAAGGUUCUUGCUCAGAACUCUGGCUUUGACCUUCAGGAGACACUAGUCAAGUUACAGGCCGAACAUUCGGAGUCAGGACAGCUUGUUGGUGUUGACCUAAAGACAGGUGAGCCAGUUAAUGCGGCUGAAGCUGGCAUCUGGGAUAACUAUUGUGUCAAGAAGCAGCUGCUUCACUCUUGCACUGUGAUUGCCACCAAUAUUCUCCUGGUUGAUGAGAUCAUGCGUGCUGGAAUGUCUUCUCUGAAAGGUUGAGUGGAAUCAGAGGUUUCUGUCUUAAUCAGCUGAAUCAUGAAGGCCCUACAGAAAGAACAACAAAAUGUGUGUUUGGCGGCGGAAUUUUUCUUGCCAGCCACCAAAGGAUUUUUCCAAAGAAUAAUUGUUUUUCUUACUGUUGCAGCAAACCUGGGUUUCUCAAACUGAAAUUAUUGGCCCGUAUUCAAAUGUAAGGUCCUAAAAUUGAUUACAGUAUUUAUUUUUUUUUUUUUAAUUGCACUGAGGCCUACAAUUAAAGCUGCGGUCCUUUUUACCCAAUCGAUAAUCGUCCUGCCUGGCUUCAUGUCUUGUGUUAGUAGCUCUGGUGUGCAGCUUAGACCUUGCUCGUUUCUUCAUUGUGUCCCAUAGAGUUGUGCUUGGUUUUACAGUGUCUGACUUCUCCAGUGGCUUCGUUCUGUCUAAAUCUAGACACAAAGGGGGCUUGAAGGUUUCUCAUCAUUGAGAUGAAUUCUACCUUCUGCAACCACUUUUCUGUUCUAGUGCAAGCCCUAAAGCAUAAAAGCUUUUGUUGAAAGUAAAUUGUUAGUUUGUAUUUUCUCUAAGAUUUUCCUUUUGUUGAAAGAAAGAGUUGAUGGAUAUUUAAUAUGCACUUAGAAAAGUAAUGCUAUGUAUUAGUCAAAUGUCAGUCUUACUAGUAACUUGUACAGAUUGACUUGAACCCAUUCUUAUCAGCUUUUAACUUAAAACCUUUUUAUUUAGGUUAUUUUGACAAAAGUCCAAUUGCCUUAGUGUGUGGUCUUAGAAAAGUGUGUCCUAUGGUGGGCUGGGGGGGGGUGCCUUUUAAUUUUUGGAUGUAAAAUAGUAGAACUCAUUCCUGGGUGUGUAUAAAAUGUAUUGCUGAUUUUUUUCUUUUUUAAAAUUCUUGAUACCUUGUUUUUAUAUCACUUUCAUUUCUGACUAUAUCCUCCCCUUCCCAACCAUCCAUUCCUUGAAACCAAGAAUAAAAAAGAGAAAGAUACAGUGACGUGAAA